AUGACUUUAUUAACAGUGUUCCGUCAAAGGUUAUUAUUGAAUAACCUUAAAAAAACAUUUGUUCAUCAAUCUACUGCAGAUGAAAUAUUUUGCAGUUCAAAAAUUCAAUCAAUAAAUGCUAUAAAAGAUUUAGCUCAAAGUACAUUUUAUGCUUUACAUCGACCUUUAUUAACAAUUGGUAGUGAAAUGUUGAAUAAUCAAUCAUUGGAAAAACAACAACAAAAAAUAUACGAGGAGGAAGAAGAAGAAGAAUCUCAACAAAUGGCAAACAAAUUUCUAAAUGAUAUUGAAUCAAGAAUUAGAAAACAACAAUUUUCUGAUGAUUUUGAAAAUAUUGUCGAGAAUAACAAAAAGAUUAAAGAUGAACAAGCACAAACACAGAAAAUUAAAAAAGAAACUAAGAGCAAGAAAUAA